AUGGCUCCUCAAACCUCCAGUAUUGCAAUGGCUCUUGCUGGCAAGACUGCUUCAGUUGAUAUCCCGCGUCGUGCUGGCCUCGAUGGCGGCCGCGUGCCUACCCGCGGACAGCCUGCGAUGCUGCCCACGCCACCCAACUCUAUCUCACCCACCCUUCCCCCUCAGGCCUUCAAACAACGUGUCGCGCUGUCGCCUGGAUCUCCUCUGUCGACUGUCCCCCAGUUGGACUCCGAUAUCGACCUCCAGGAUGCCGUCGAACACACGAACCAUACCCCCCAGUCCGCCGAGCUGGACAGCGCGGGCGACAUCACCCCGGCGAUGCUCGCCAAAUACCACCUCCCCGAGAUCCUACUGCAGCAAGGCCCCCUGGCAAUUCGCCACGUGAUGGGCCAUCUGACAACGUCGGUGCCGGGCUUCUCGCGCAUUCCCCCAGCCAAGGCGCGCCGCCUGGUUGUCGCCGCGUUAGAAGGUCGUGGAAAUGGCGGCGAGGCCGGCGGUCUCGACGGCGACGUGGUAUUCGAGAAGAUCGGCUGGGGCCGCUGGGACGCGCGCCGUCGCGGCGAGCCUGCGCGUGAGCGCGAGUUGAACGCGUCGUCGUCACCUCCCUCCAGCGUGGCAGAUUCAUUCCAGCAGCGCGGUCUGCAAAUUCAAGGCCAGUCAGGUUGGCAAGUCCGGCACCCGUAUCGGAUGAGCUUCGCCGAGUCCACGGCGUUCUCGUACAACGACGAUUACGGCAUGCAUGGCGACCGCGACAUGCUCGAACACGAGGCUGAUAAGAUGUCUCUCGACGGCGACGACGGCGAGUACUGUUCUUCGUCGGAGGCCCCCGAUGAAAUGCAAGAGAACGAGUGGGAUGAAGGCGAUGUCACCGAUGAAGAGGACUGGGCGCAGAUUGGCGCGGAUGCGUUGCGCGCCCGUUCGCUCAACACCGGCGGCAUGUUCAACAACGUCGCAGCGCGCGCAAAGCCCCAACCUGUCAUUUUCCCUCCAGAUGGACCUGUGGCCAAAUCCACACCCCGCGCGUUUGACACCCAGGAACGCGCCGCGGUGGAGGCACUUCUCCGCCUGGGCUCCAUGUAA